UGCGCACGGCUCGCGAGCCUGGCGUGGAAGAAAAGUCAGCCAUUUUGCCUCACGGAAUUUCGGAAGUGUUUGGAGAAAAUAUACAAUUGUGGGAUGCAGAAACGCAGGGUAAUUUUGCCUAGAUGAUGGCGUGUACCAUGAAGAUUAGAACUGGGGUAGAAUAGACUUUUCAUGGCCAGAUUCGCCAGGAGCAAAACACACGAAAAUUCAGGGGGGCCAAGCUUCCUGUCAGACUCGGCUCAGCCCGUCAGCCUUAGCGACCUGUUCUAGGCACAAAAGAUUGUCUUGAAAACAAUUUUCUGGAUCUGUUGCGUUGACUCGGAUUAAUGUGUGUCAGUUUAAUCAGUGUUGGACCUUUCUUGGGGACGAAGUUAUUGUUUUUGCAGCUUAUUUCUGCAGUUCAUUAGCGCUAGCAUCCCAAUUAUUUAUUCAAAAUGUCUACCACAACUCGGACCCCCCUUCAGCCGCUCCCCGAGUCGGUGACAGUAGAUCUCCACGCAGCGGAUGACAAUCCGAAUCGGGACCCACGAAUCACCAGACCCAGAACCACAGAUGAGCCCCACAUAGGGAAAUACCGACUCAUCAAAACGAUUGGGAAGGGAAAUUUUGCAAAAGUCAAACUUGCCAAGCAUGUGCCAACUGGAAGAGAGGUUGCAAUAAAAAUAAUUGACAAGACACAGUUAAAUCCAUCAAGUCUUCAGAAGCUCUUUCGAGAAGUUCGGAUAAUGAAGUGGCUUGAUCACCCAAAUAUAGUAAAACUAUUUGAGGUGAUAGAGACAGAAAAGACACUCUAUCUUGUCAUGGAAUACGCAAGUGGCGGGGAAGUAUUUGAUUACCUAGUUGCUCAUGGGAGGAUGAAAGAAAAAGAAGCAAGGGCAAAAUUUAGACAGAUUGUUUCCUCUGUGCAGUAUUGUCAUCAUAAGCACAUAGUACACAGGGACUUAAAAGCUGAAAACUUGUUGCUAGAUGGAGAUAUGAAUAUCAAAAUAGCAGACUUUGGUUUUAGCAAUGAGUUUGUACCUGGAAACAAGUUGGACACAUUCUGUGGUAGUCCGCCAUACGCUGCGCCAGAGUUAUUUCAAGGCAAAAAGUAUGAUGGACCAGAAGUUGAUGUGUGGAGUUUAGGUGUCAUAUUAUAUACAUUGGUCAGUGGCUCCUUGCCAUUUGACGGACAAAAUUUAAAAGAGCUACGAGAACGGGUUUUGAGAGGAAAGUAUAGAAUACCCUUCUAUAUGUCAACAGACUGUGAGAAUCUACUGAAGAAGUUUUUAGUUUUAAAUCCAUUAAAAAGGGCCAGUUUAGAGACCAUAAUGAAAGACCGAUGGAUGAAUAUAGGUUACGAGGAUGAUGAACUUAAACCUUUUAUUGAGCCUCCGCAAGAUUUUAACGAUCCUGUACGAAUAGAAAUCAUGGUGAACAUGGGCUACAACAGGAAAGACAUAGAGGAGUCGUUAAGGCUACAGAAGUAUGACGAUAUCCAGGCGUCAUAUCUUUUGCUGGGACGCAGGACGUCGGACCUGGAAGGCAGUGAUAGGUCAGGAAGCAACUUGUCGUUAGGUAGGAUACCAGUGACACCAAAUCGGCCACACGGGGAGAAUAGCACGAAUAGCCAAUCACCAAACAAGGUUACACGCAGCCAAUCAGCAACCAGUGGCAGCACCGGACAGAAGAGUCGGCGGUUUAGUCAUGGCGGAGAGAACAACGGUAGUAACAAACGCACCACAUCAGCAGCACAAUCUACAUCAUCGUCUCGGCGUCAGAACACGGUGGAUCACACCUCGUCAACGACAAAAGAAAGCACAUUAACAGCCAGGAUGAAAACGCCAUCUGGGGGCUCGGUGACUGUGGAGUCACCCAAGAUAGCUGCGCCAAGCCCAGGUCGUGCAACAGUGCCAAGGAAAACUCCCCACACUUCCAGUACAUCUACACCCAAGAACAGCGUCAUUUCCCAAAACCCGAGCAUUCCGCGUCGGAGCACCUUCAGCCCAGGAGACAACACACCCGUCAAGACUAAAGCAACCAAUGGGCAAGACAUCCGCAGUCAAAGGAGGAAGAGGCCUAAUGAUGCUGAGUCCACAUCAAGCCAUCUUCCAAACUCCACGUCUGCGGCAUCUGAGGCUCCCUCUGCUCGGCCAAAGGGUCAUGUGAAAUCUGCCAGCAUUUCUCAGUCAUCUCGGGUUACUGACCUGCCUCCCCUCGGUGAUAAUGAUCCAUUACGGCCCACGGGUUUUCCUUUUGACAGGACGGCACCGGGAAAGUCGUUAGCUAUGUCAGGAGGGAACAAGCCCAAUUUGCAACGAGGCACGAACGCUCGUAACACAUUCCAUGGAAAAGAUAGGCGGCAAUAUGUGAACCCAUACAACGGCCCCGGAGCAAUGCCGACCCACUCGCAGGAUACGUCGGCGAUGGGUCCUUCGAGUGCCAGAGGAUCUUUCUUCAACCGGAUAAAGUCACAGUUCAGUAGAAGAGCUGACGGGCAACCAGAGCUGGAACCCACUAGCGUUCGUCAGAAACGGAACCCUGCUACAAAGUACAUCAAAUUGUUCCGCAGGUCGGUGAAUGAGACUAGGGAGGGUGAGCCAGUGAAGCCAAGGUCGUUGCGAUUUACGUGGAGUAUGAAAACGACAAGCUCCAUGGACCCCAAUGAUAUGAUGAAGGAAAUUAGGAAGGUACUAGACGCAAACAAUUGCGACUACGAACAAAGGGAAAAGUUUCUGUUACUUUGUGUUCAUGGGGACCCAAACACGGACAGUCUGGUGCAAUGGGAGAUGGAAGUUUGUAAACUCCCACGUCUCUCCCUCAACGGAGUGCGCUUCAAACGGAUCUCGGGCACCUCAAUAGGCUUUAAGAACAUUGCAUCCAAAAUUGCCAAUGAACUGAAACUUUAAUGUUGUAUGAACGUGCCGAGUCAGUGUCUCGGUGCAUGGACUACAUGGUGAUUGAAAUACACGUAUUUUGCUACACCAGACACAAAGGUGAUCACUUCAUAGGUAACUACCAUGUUUAAUACUGGACACUAAGCUUUGUGGUAAGAAGCUGAAUGAGAGACUAUUGUUUUUAUUUUGUAUAAUGUGUACAAAAUGUACAGAGAAUCAUAUACUGCACUUCCCUCGCCCCUACCGUGUAUACAUUUUAUUGUAAAUUACUUAUUUAGUAUGAUCAUAGAUGUAGGGGAAGAUCGUAGGGACUUGUUUUUGAAGUCUUUUGUAUAAUUUCAUUGUAAUCGUUGUGGUAGCACCAGGAUGUUCUACCAUGGGAAAAAUGUCACUCUGUAUCAAAUACUGCAUCACACAUGAGAUGAGAGAAGGGCUGAUGCUUCAGAUUGCUUUGUACAAUGCUUGAAAGAUGUUUUUUUCUUGGUAUCUAUGAUAAAAUAUCAAGGAAAAUUGACGGACUAUUUUACCUGAUCCACUCAUAUCAAUGCACCAUUCCAUCCUCUCAGAACUGUGACAAGCAUGGCCACAUGGGAAAUGGGUACAUAGCCUCACCUAGGGCCAAGUGUUAUAUGUGCUGGCCCUACAUCUGGAUAUGUAUCCAUUUCCAGCUUGGCUGUGACAACACUAACCUUGGUCACACUUUGAAGUGGUCUUUUUCAUGCUGCCAGAAUACAUUGUGGAUCGUGUCAGACAACUUCAGUGGUGAAGUGAGAGAGACGUAUGCUUUCUCGGAACACAAGUUAGAAAUAUUUUGCAGGACUUUUGUAAAACAAACUGUUUGCUAAUUUAUUACUUUAUGAAGACAUGUUUAUAACAAUUUACCUUAGGCUACAUGUUUUUAAGAUAAGUGUAGACAUUCAAUUCAAUAUUUGUGAAAAACAAAACAAAAUAAAAUGUAACACCUAGCUGUUAUUGUGAUUCUCUUUUGAAAAACUGAUGUUACAAAUUUUUUGAUAUUUGAAAAAGUGACCUCAAGUCUUAGAAUAUUGCUCCCUCAAUAAAAAGUAAGUAAUAUUUUUUUGUUAAUAUUUCUCUCCUUAUGAUCAUUUGUGAUAUUCUCACAGGUAUAGGCCCUUGUCAGUGUUUCCUAAACAGUAAAAAUGAUUUUACCACUGAAACGAAUGCAGGAUUUUCAGUAGUAGAAGGGAGUCACAAUCGUUUCAGUUCUUGUUACAUAGCAUGUCCUUGCAAUGCCUUUGUAAGUCUCGUGUUGGCCAUUACUGUGACCGACCCAUGUUCUCUGCACACAGGAUUGCUGCACCAGUUAGAACACAACCACUAGUGUGGGAGCAUGAGUGGCCCAGUCGUCUAAGAUGCCGCGAUUCUCUGUGCAUAGUUGCGUCCCUUGGGCAUGCCAGAAACCUAUGAUUGUAGGUUCCAAUCCCGGUUCUCCCCGAUUAUGUUUCUAGGUUUGUUAGCACCAUACCCGUGCUCGUGGUUUUCACUGAAGUGGUAAACGUCUGAGACCUGCAUCACUUCGGGCUUUCCUCCCACAUUAAGCUGACACGCCGUGAUAUAACUGGAAUACUGUUAAAAGCGGCGUUAAACCCAACUAACUCACUCACUCACUCACAACCACUAGUUUAUUUACCAGUUCACUGUAGCCGCUGAAUAAAAGUCAUUUGUUACACCCCAUGUUGAUUGGUUGAAAUAUUGCCAUUGCAACGUGUAACAUUUGAUCCAUUGUUCUUUAAAGUCCAGGGCCUAUACUUGAGAGAUUGUUCCUUAGCUAGAGCAAACACUGUACAUACAUAGAGGUGAUUACUGUAACAAUGGCACAGUGUAGACCAUUUACACACUUAGGUAUCAGUCUUUCCCUCAAGUAUACCAAAUAUGUAUAGUGCACUCAGUGAAAUGCCAACCUGACAAUCCCUAUCUAGCCACCUGUGUCUUGUGCAAAUCCAGUGGUCACUAUAAUUGUCCUUAUGGUUCCAAAACCUGAUGUCAGCUUGAAUCAUUAACCUGAGAAGAAGCACUGUGCAAACAAUAUUCCGAAAUAUAUGAAGUUUUCAUUCUUCAUUAUUUUGACAGGAGGAUAGGUCUUUAGUUUCAUUCGAGAACUAUUUCUGAACGUUGACUGAACUGUAAACUUAGCAGUGAAAUACUUCAAUAAAUAGUUGGAAAAGUUGAUGCGACAAGCUGUCCACGAGUCGGAUUGGUGUCCAUGGUUUCCCAGCCUGUCAUCCAAGUAAUGCUCAAAUAAAGAUCUUACUGUGGGAGGCAUUGCCCUGUUGGAGGACACGGGUGGCUUGGACUCUGGAAGGAAGACGGUGCCGCGAAGUCCAGGUGUUGUGGGCAGCACUUCAUUGUUGACGAGUGCAGAGAAAUCUGGCUCUGACAGGUGGAUGCAAGGAGCUUCAGUCUAGCUUACAGUCAAUACAUUGGACCAUAAAUGUGGAUUUUGAUGUCAAUGAUCUAGAUUUCUGGUAUGCAGAUCCCCCUAAAAAGCCCACUAUUGUCCUUGAAGUUUGCAAUGAGGUAUUUUCUCUUUUCAUCUGUUGAAUAAUUCAUUUAAAAAUUUAUUCGUUUUUUGGCCUGAUUAUUUAAUUACACUGCUUCAGGGGUGAUUUGACAUGUCCAGUGUGCAUAGCAGUGACUACCUGGAUUUCUACAUUGCAGAUAACUGGAUGAUCUUGCCUACCCUCUUGUGUAUUGUGAUAAUGUGUACGUAUGUAUUGUGAUAUGGAGCCAGCUGGCAACAUGAAGGCUUCCAUGUUAAUUGUGCUGCCAAGACAAGACACCAAGGAGUGGCAGUUAUUUAUUUCAGGUGUUUUCAAUAUACUCUAGUGCUCAAGACACGCAAAAAUCUCAAGAAUCUUAAACUUAAAACAUCAAAAGUUACAAGUACUUUCUGUUAAGACACUUUGAUUUUGGACUUUGAUUUGACUUGUUAUUUUUUUAUUUGAACAUGGUGUUCAGUUCAUUUAUUUUUCCUUUUCAGAAACAGACUAUUUGAACCAUUUGUGUUCCUAGAUAAGCAAUGAAAUAUAGCUAGGGAGAUAACUGUAUUAUUCAAUAGUUAUAGAUCUCAUUAAUAAUCAUUUGCAUAAUUGAAUAUUAUUCAUCAACAUCGAACAACAUACUAUCAAUAUCAGCAUGUUAUCGUUCUCAGAUAUUGACAGAACAUUGAGAUUCAGGAUAGUUUCUACAGAGAUUGUGUUUUGAAAUGUGACCAAGUGUCAAAUCUUUAUCAUUAUCCUCUCAGGAGAGCUACAGGGUAGGAGCUCGAGCAAUCUUCUUCAUGAAAAUAACUUCCAAUUUUGAAAGUUGUCCGCUCUUUGUAUGCCAACUGGACAUAAUUUUAGCCUGCUUCUGCUUAAUGUCAAAGAUAACUUGUUCAAUUGAGGGUUCUUUGUACGAUAGAAGCUUCCAAAGAAGGUAUUUUCAUGACAGAAUAUGCUUCUUUUCCCCAAUUACCAAUGGUCACUGUUUGCUUAAGCUGAUGAUGCAGAUUUUCCAAGGCAAUCCAAGCUGAUUAGCAAUGUUGCUUAGAAGUGGCCUGCGCUCAUCAUAGAGGAUUAUGCCAAAACAUUGGACAAUAGUGAUUCUGUGAGAACUCCAAUCCACAUGCAUCAAUGUGUAUGCAGUUUCCUGACAGUUUCAUUAAUAGCUUCAAAUCCAUCCAAACUUUCUAAGGAUUUUUAUUUCUAAUUCUUUUGGUGUUUUCUUCAUUCAGGUUCUUGCAUACAACUCCAGAGAUUUUUGGCUUAAAGCUUACAGUAAAUAGUAGCAUGCCAAGUGUUUAGAUCAGUAAUUUUGGUUAAAUGACAGGUGUUAGGGUGUCUGCCUUCAUUGUAAGAUAUUGCUUUUCUCUGAAAUACUUUUGAUAAUUUGAUAACAUGUCCUUGUAUAAAGGAUGAACCAUAUGAGCUGUGUGUUUUGUAUGUAUAGAGUAAUAGGUCUUGUGAUAUCUUCUGUAUAUUGGUGCAGUUGUACAUUUUUGCCAUAUUUCCUUGUUUCAACACAGAACAGGAAAUUCCGUAGAUCAUGUUCAAUUUAAGUGGUGGAUUCUUGUGUAGAUGGUUGAGUCAAUGUAGUCGUGUCGGCAUUGUGCUGGAUUUAUGUUGUCUCAACAACCAUAUGUCCUACAUACAAAUGGCCCAGACUUACAAACUAUGUACCUACUCUAGGUUGAAGAAACAGUUUCUUGUUUUUGAAAAAAGAGCCCAUAUCGUUCAUUUUGUUUUCCUAGGUUUAUGGUAAGAACAUUUUGUGGAAAGUGACUGGUUUUUUUUAUCAUGAUCAGAUCACCAGGUCUAAGGCAUGAGCUUGAGCAUUAUCAUUAUUAUUGAUGAUGUUACUGAUUUGGUCGGAGCCUAUUGGUUUUGGAUUUGUGUAGGUUCUGCAUCCUGGCUUUCCACCACCAGCAGUAGACUCCCACCCGUAGAGGGUCAUGAUCGUACUGUUUGGUCGUUGAGGCCCAGUUGGGCCCUGGUUCGAGUGUAUCAUAUUGCUUUGAGAAAUUCUUGUCUUGGACAACCUUUUAUGCUGGCUUUGAAGCAACAGGGAGGUUGCAAGACAACUCCUUUCCCAUUUUGCAGUGUAUGAAAUGCUCAACAAAAUCCGAGGAAUAUUGUGUUUCGCAUCAUGAAUAGCAUUUAUAUUUGACAGAUGUAGGCUUUUCUACAUAAAAUCAUAUUCUUAGAAAUAACAUACUGCUGAAAAUGUUGAAUUUUCAAUUUUGAUUAUGAAAAGAUUGUAUAUUCUGCAAGGUUUUUCGACUGUUGGCGAAUACCCUGCUUCACAUUAUUUUUGUCGAUGCAUACACUUUCAGUAAGCUUCCAAUUUUUUGUUGAUUACUACAAACAGGAAAUAUUCUUAACACACUGCAGUGUGCACUCUGUUUUCAUACUAUUUGAAAAACACCUCUGAGGCAGAGGUAUGCUAUUUUUGAGAUGACAAGAUGUUUCAGAUGUGUAUUGUCCAUUUUAGACAUUUGUAAGUUUGAUAUCAUGGAGCACUUGAUACCAAUUCCAAUUUCCAUCCCGAAUUUUGCGAUCUAGUAUGUAUUUCUCAGUUGUUGUAACCAUCCACAUUGGUGAAGUUUUGACUUAGUGUGCACUUGAUCGGAGUUGUAACCAAAAUUUGGUAUGUCAAUUGUAAAACGUGAUGACACAUGGUUCCAGCUAAAUAUUUGGUGUUCUUGAUAUUGCUUGUGGCAAGGAUGGGAGAAACUAGCCAGUACAAUGAUGGUGUAUGUAUGUCGACUGAAAAGGUUAUUAAAGUGGUUUCUGAACUGGAUGUGACACUGAUGGAGGUGACAUGCUAUAGAAGCAGUCUUUGUAUGGAUUGUGCCAUCUCACAGUGAUCAAAUUGCAUAAUUUGGGAAUACGUAUGUAAGACCUGUUUGUGAAACUUCCUCACGACUUCGAUGUAUAUUUACGACUUUUUGAAAAUCUUAUCUGAUAAUCUUUACAUGUCUAAUAUCCCGGGAUAAAUUCUUAAAUUUGAAGAAAUGUCAAAAUAUUGCAUAGAGACUGUCACUAAAGUAGACCCAUGACUCAAGUGAAUGCAGACGGCCUUUUUCAAUUAAAACAUAGACUGUUUCCCAUAAUUUUUCCAUUCCUAUGUAAUGCUCAAAGAACUGGAGGCGAUUUCGCUUUGUAGUUUUAUUGGUUUUGUACAUAGACAGCAGAAACUGCAUAACAGGUGUGCAUGGUAUGGUUAUGAAAAAUGUAUUUUCACUCGACUCAUUCAUCAUCAUCGGUCAUCCUCUCUCUGAAUGCAGUUCUACCGAGUCCUGAACAAUUUGUUCUGUACAGAGGUCUUCAGGGCUUUCAGUGAUAAUAUUUGCUGCCCUUCAUCGGAAGGUCUUUCAUACUUGUUAACUUGGGGCAGGACAUAUCAAGUUGUUUUGUAAAUAUGUGCUCUGGGAUGGCCCUUUCAUGCCAUCCAGGGAUUGUAUAAACAGUAAGACUCCCUACACUAGAACAGUGACAGUGGAUGAGUUGAGUGAACGUACUGCCCUGUGUAUUUGUGUCUCAUGAAGAUAUGAAUCUGUAGAGUUUACUUCCUGUUGUGAUUCUAUACAUAUGUGUACAGAAAUAUUUAUAUUGACACCAAUUUGCGUAGAUAUGCAAGUUUUUUUUCAGUAAUAAGAAUUAUUUAACAUAUAAAAUAAUCAUCUGUGAGCAAAUGGACUUAGAAUGGAGCUGAACUUGAAAAGACUUAUUUAUUGAAUGUUUAACACUGUGACCAAGCACUGUUUGAGUGGUCCAAUACCGAUUAUUUCUGACAUGUGAAGGCUUCUUCUCUACAGCAUUACCUUGAAACAUUACUUGCUCACAAUUGUCAAUAUCUAAGGCCUUACUUGUCAUGAAGGAUCUUUUUCUUGUUCAAUAUGAUUAUUUGGAUUGUUGAGAGCACUCAAAUUUGAUUUCCAUAGUUUGUGGUAACUGUUUGUUUCCUAAACUCAUUGACAAAUUCUGGUGCUCGGUCAGUCAGUGAUCAUUGACAAGUUUAAAAUGUGAAUAGCAGAGUGUCUUUGUGGACUGAAGACAUUUUGUUAAACCUUUCUUAAAGUGUCAGUUAAUCAAAUUUGUUCCUGCAUCAAGUAGGUCAUGUCUUGAUGGUAUUUGUUCAAAACUAUUUUUUUAUUAUUUUUAAAUAUCAAUUCAAACCUUCAGCAAGCAGAUUCCUUUUCUAAUGAGGAAACUGGUCCAGGGUUCUCUGAUCUUCACGGGGCGGUCGGGUAGCCUAGUGGUUAAAGCGUUCUCUCGACACGCUGAAGACCCGGGUUCGAUUCCUGACAUGGGUACAAUUUGUGAAGCCCAUUUCUGGUGUCCCCCCCCCCGCCUUGAUAUUGCUGGAAUAUUGCUAAAAGCAGCGUAAGACCAUACUCACUCACUCACUCACUCUGAUCUUCACAUUUAACUUGUCUACUUCAUACAAAUGUUUAAUUCUAUGGCAAUCUGAUGUGUUAAGUUCAUCAUGCAUAUAUCAUAUCUGACAAGGUUCAUUGCAAAAAUCUUGUUCUUUUCUGUUUUGUAAGAUUUGUCCUCAAAAGGUGAUACAGAUAAAAAAAACUAAUUUAUGUGGUGUUGUCCUCGACAUCUGACUUGAGCAAACUGCAUUGAAUGGUAGCUUCGUCUUUUGAAAGGAAUUGAUCAAAAGUGUGUCCUAUUUGGCCAUAAGUUGCAGGUUGAAAAUUAUUGGUUCGAUAUUGGUACUAAGACAUUGAUAACUUACCAAAAAUAGUUGAUAACAUGAUGAUUUAUCACCAUAGUAUCCCUCCUUAUAAACUAUUCUUUUAUUGUAACUGGGUCUUUUUAAAUAAAUAAAAGGUUCAAAAUUGUUAUUUUUCAAACUUUAAUGUUUCUACAGACGAUCAAUGGCAAGUAAAUUUUCUUUUGAGUUAUGGGUUAUGAAGAUGUGUCGACUUACAUUCAUGUUGGAUCAUUCAUCACUUAACUCAUGAUCAUGGCUACUGCUGUAUACAGUAUUGCCUCAUUAGGUUCCAUACAAUUGUAAAUUAUGUUAAUAGCAACAGGAAAUCUGUGGUAGAGUUCUUCACAGAAUGAAAUAAAAUAUAUCCUAACA